CAUUCCACACAUGCGGAGAAGCAACAAGCUACCGAACCAGCAGCAACAGCUAGCAGCCACCAGCUCUCCGUGAGGGACAGGGCGUACAAUGCAAAAGUUUAUAAACACGGAUAUUCUGACAUGAACGGACUAAAAAAACACGUUUGCUGAAAUCCAAGGCGACCGUACAAACAUGGAUUGUGGCUGGCUUUCAUAAUAUGCGGUAACUUGGGUAAUUUGGAGCUUCAAAUGUGCGAAAAGUCGCUCGGUCUCGCUUCGUCGUUCAACAAGAUGGCAGCAGGAGCAGCGUUGCAGGAUUUGGCUGUGUGGGUCCUCGUUGCUAGCCUGUUCUUCGACGCUUUUGGUGAUAUAUAUAAUCGUUGUUUUUGAAGGUAUGGCCUCACAAGUCUUGCUCUACCCAUCACACCUGCACUCAACUCAGACAAGUGCCUUAGGAACCAGCAGUAGCGGUACCGGCAGACAGCCAAGUGAAGCCCAUCGUGGUAACAACACCAGCAGCAGAGCCUUUCAGCAUCGACCCCCACCCAAGACCUAUGUGAUCGGUGUGAACUACGGUAUCGCAUAUCCCAACAACGUUAUUCCAUCAGGUGCAGAGCCUGGAGGCCAGCAAGGAACGUUGGACAUCUCAGACAGAGAGCAGUGGGCCUUGAACACAGCUGGAUUGGAAACACAGGAGAGGUCACAAGAAGUGGAAGAAGUUGGAAGUCAAAGGGCUAGUGUAGAGAGAGUGGGUUUGGACUGUGGUCUGCUGAGGGGAGCGUGUGUCAGAACAGUGAAAGACGAGGCCACUAACAGGCUGCAGACCAGGGGAGCAUAUGUUCGUCUUGUAAACCCAGGUACCACACAGAGAUGUGAGCAGAAGCCAGGGAAAGCUGGAGAACAAGCAGAGGACAAGAGCUGUGCUGGAGGCAUGCAGAUAGUGGAGGAGGUAUCUGCUGUGCUUCCGGCCGUGGUGACCAUGUUACAAAGCAGCUCGGGGAACAAUGCAGACACUGUGAGAGGAGGGGGUGAGGGGCUGCCGCUCGCUCAGCACAACAGGGGGAAUGGCACUGGAACGGCAGCAGACGGGACGGAGUUUAGGCCCAAGGGGAGUAAUGAGGCGGGGGCUGGAGCCACGGUGACCAGGACAGGAACUGGAGAUGGGGACUAUCAGUUGGUCCAACAUGAGGUUUUGUGCUCCCUUAAGAACAGUUAUGAGGUCCUAGAGUUCUUGGGUCGCGGGACUUUUGGUCAGGUAGUCAAGUGCUGGAAGAGAGGAACCAAUGAAGUUGUGGCGGUUAAAAUCCUGAAAAACCACCCAUCCUAUGCACGGCAGGGACAAAUUGAAGUUGAGAUAUUGGCCAGGUUGAGCAAUGAGAAUGCAGAUGAGCACAACAUUGUGCGUGCACUGGAGUGCUUUCAGCACCGCAGUCACACCUGCUUGGUAUUUGAAAUGCUGGAGCAAAACCUUUAUGACUUUUUAAAACAGAACAAGUUCAGUCCACUGCCACUGAGAAUCAUCAGGCCCAUUCUGCAGCAGGUGGCCACAGCUUUAAAAAAGCUCAAGUGUCUGGGUUUGAUUCAUGCGGACUUAAAACCAGAGAACAUCAUGCUGGUGGACCCCUCCAGGCAGCCCUACAGAGUUAAAGUCAUUGACUUUGGCUCUGCAAGCCAUGUCUCUAAAGCAGUCUGCUCCACAUACCUCCAGUCCAGAUACUACAGGGCUCCAGAGAUUAUUUUAGGCCUGCCAUUUUGCGAGGCCAUCGACAUGUGGUCACUGGGCUGUGUGAUAGCGGAGCUGUUCCUGGGCUGGCCCCUGUACCCCGGAGCCCUGGAGUACGACCAGAUCCGGUACAUCUCUCAGACUCAGGGUCUGCCCGGUGAGCACCUGCUGAACAAGGGGACCAAGACAACUCGCUUCUUCGCCAAAGAGUCAGACUCUCCCUACGCCUCAUGGAGACUAAAGACAACAGAAGAACAUGAGAAGGAAACGGGGCUUAAAUCCAAAGAGGCCCGAAAGUACAUCUUCAGCUGUUUGGAUGACAUAGCACAUGUGAACUUGGUGCUGAUCCCUGACAAUAGUGACAUGCAGGCGGAGAAGGCCGACCGAAGAGAGUUUGUGUCUCUGCUGAAGACCAUGCUUCUGAUCGAUGCGGAGGACAGGACUGUUCCCUCCAAUGUGCUCAAUCAUCCCUUUCUCACCAUGACUCACCUGCUGGACUACCCACACAGCAGCCAUGUACAGUCCUCUUUCCGUGUCAUGGACAUGUGCCACAGUCGGGUCAGUGGUGUGUUUGAUGCUUUGAACCAGAACACCAUCCAUUUCUCCAGGCCUCCCGUGGCCCCAGCUCCCUCCUCCAUCCCCCUUGGCUACAAUAACAUACCAGUCCACACUCAGACUAUAACCCAAUCGGCACCAUCUGUAUUGCAUCCUGGGUUAGCUUUAUCAACUACAAACAACCAGUUUGGCUGCAGUGACUCAUUUCCACCUGCCCUUCUCCUCUGUCCUCCAACAAUGCAAGGAAACCUUAACCAACCAGCAGGGUAUACUGUUCCUAUGGUAACUCAGGCCCCACCCAUACAACCGCUGCCAGUGAGGCCAGGCGUGAUAGCCCAGCAGGCUUGGUCAAGUCGGGGGCAGCAGCUCCUGGUCCCUGCAGCCUGGCAACAGAUGACUCCAGUUGGACCUCCUCCCUCUCAUCCCCCUCCCCCUCCGCCAUCCUCUCUCAACGACACAAACACAUCUGGCCCCCAACGGAUUAGUGAUUGGGGGAAAGUGCGUCCUCACAGUAGCCAUUAUAACUCAAUGAUUCAACAGUCUCUACUCACAAAUCAGAUACCCGCCCAUCAGCCUAUCAAUGUUGGAAUAGCCCAUGUAGUGUGGCCGCAGCCCACCAGUAAGCGAAAUCGGCAUAAUCACAAUAACAGAAAUCUCUCCCAACACAGUAACAUUCACACAUCAGUUUGUCGCACUCCAAAGAUGGCUGACGUAGUGGGGCAAAUAAACCCAGGAAGAGGGCAGUCUUCACAGAGGGAUGUUCCACAGGUGGAGAAUAAGGUACCAGUCGCUCAAAACACCAGUGAGGAGGAAGAGGAGCCUGUGAAGAAUGUGACGACGUGUAAAGAAGUGGUACCGGACAGCAAAAGGCAUUUGGACAGUCAGCAGCAGAGAGAUGUGGCCGUUCUGAUGGGGGACACACCCAGCCCUGCGCCCAGUGUCAUCAGCAUCCACAGUGAGGCCACAGACGGAGAAGAGGGCGAGGAGGAGGAACGCCAGAUGUGCCGUCUGAGAGGGUGCAAAGAGGAGUGUGUCUGUGAGGCUUGUAGAAACACCAGUCUGUCUAUGGAGAGGGUGUGCUCUCUCAGCAGCCCAGAGAGCAGUCUCAGCACAAGCUCAUUUGCCUCCAACUCUGUUCAGUCCAGCCCAUCUGCCUCCCCAUGCAAGAGACCCAACAGCAUGUCAGAGGAUGACGGUCAUGAAAGUGGCUGCGAGACAGUCGAGGGGUCACCCACAUCUGAUGCUUCAACUUCUCCACGUGGCAACAGCUCCUAUCAUUACCUGGACAGCAACAGUAAUCAUAGCAACUGCUCCACUUUGGCUGCUGUGGUGGCACCUCUCUCUGCCCCAACUACGCAGGACAGGACGCCUCGGGGUGUGAGGACGAUGGUGGUUCCCCCGAUGAGAGUUCACAACAACAACAUGCGUGGGACGGAGGAGCAGGUUCACAGAAUGGCAUCAGAGUCCUGGUCCCGGUCCAAAGGGCGUUGCAACCUCACAGGACAGCAGAGCAAGCCCUCGUCAGGCCCCCUCCUCCCCCCCGCCCCUCACCUGUCCCGGCAGCAAAAGGUUUCAGGCCAGCAGCCGCACCUCUUGGGCUUUGGGCAGGUGCAGCAGUACGGUUCCAACCACAGCAAAGAAUGGAACGGCAACUUUGGGCCCCUGCGACCUCAUGCCUUCAUCACCCCAAAUGUCCACACGCACACUUUCACACACCUGUCCCACAGCAGCCCCACACACACCUCUGCCCCCACCCUACUGUCCUACCCGCCCAGCGCCGCCCACCACCCCCACCAUAUCCUGCCCUCUCGCCCUCCCCCUCUCCUCCAGCACAGCUACGGUCUGUCCCAUCCACAGGGAGGCGCCAUAGUUCACCAGGUGACCCUUGGCAUCAGCACCCAUCCGCACCACCAGCCCGCCUAUGCCCCCCACCCGCACCAGCAACCGGCGUACGCCCCUCACCCGCACCACCAGUUCAAACCCCCUUUCCCACCCCCCGGCGCCCACCCUUACAUGGCGUCACCGGCCACGGCGUACACCGGCUUUCCUCUGAGCCCCACCAAGCUCAGCCACCACCCCCAGUUCUCGUAUAUCUGAAGAGCAGGACCGGCCCGCACUACCUACUUACUAGGAAGGCCAAUGGCAAGUGGACUGGAGCUGCCACCUGGGCGGGUAGAGCCUUUAGCAGAGCACAAAAUCUGUGAUGAAAAGAAGAUUGAAUAACGGUGUAUGAGAAAUGAGCACAGGAGAAUCUUUAUUGAAGUUAUAUGGUUAAAAUGCAUCGUUUCACAUGAAAUACUAUGAGUUUGUAGUUUGAUUGUCAGAGCUACUUAGGCUCUGAGAGACAUUCAAAAAAAGCCAGUUAAAAGGAGGAGAUUAUACAAAAUAGCUUUAUGAGAGCACACCACAGAAUAAAUGAAAUGAGAAAAAAGAGUAUGUCCUUUGCACAUUACCUCCUGUUGCUUGUUGUUAGUGUUCAGAGAUCCUUUUAUAAAGCUGGAAAUCAUUUGUUAUUGUUGCUGUCAAGCUGUUCCACCUUUCCUUAUUGACGUUGCCUUGUAGCACAUCCUCCCAGCCCUGUCAGCUGUGUUGAAACCAUCCCAGUCCCUCAUUAGUAAGGAUCCAACACUCCUGUCUAUGUUGGAGGCAGACGCUGUGUGCUGCUGCCGUCUCCUAGUGCCUUAACAUGACCAGAGUCUCUUUCAGGAGCAGCGUAAUAGAUUGUACAUUUAAAUGGGCUUGCAGCACUUAACCCUUUGACUCUGAAGAUACUUGGCUUAUCACUAUUAUUUGUAGAUAUGUUAUAAAUACUAGCAAAUGUCUAACUUCAAUUUGCUUUCUAACUCAGAGUAUAGAUUUACUUUAGCUAGAGGCUGCACAUUUUAGGGCUUUGACUGAAUGAGCUUUUUAUGUACAUAUAGAGUGAUUUGAUAUUUUGAUAAUCGAUUUCUAUUCACUAUAGUACUUAAUUCAUAACAGUAUUGUCACUGUUUACUGUAACUGCAAUACAAUCUAGAUGGCCUCUGGGUUGCUGUGUUUUUAUUUUUGUGCAUUUAGGCUAGUCCUGCAUUAACCCAUUAUACGUUUUGGGAGUGGCAUAGACUAAGAUAGAUUAUAUUGUUUUAUGUUUUUACUUUAAUGCUUCAGUGUUUAAAUACUAUUGAUUAACAGUAUCAUUGCUGGGCUUUUGAGUAUUAGAGGUGUAUUGGUAAUCGUUUCAUAUUGUGUGAGACAGAGCUUUUGUCUGUGUAUUAAACCUGCCGUCAGUUUUGAUACAUUCCUUCAGGGUGGAAGCAUAGCCUUGUGUGUAGUGUAGUGUCUUUACCUGUUGUUGUAAAUCCGCUAGUAUUUGACUCCAAUCAGCACCAAAGACUGUUCAUGAAUCAUUUCUGACGCAUGGUCAAUACUAUUUCCUCUCUCACCUCCUAGCAUACUGUUGCAGUUAUCAGCAUUGGAAUAUAUCGUAUGUUUUCUCUCUUUUUAAAACUGACUUGUCUGGGUUUUAUUUUCUGAGCUAUGUUUGGCAAAAUGUAUUUGGAAUGUAUUGAUACUAAGCUGCUAUGUACUGAUGAUCUGCCACUUCUUAGCUGUGAAUUUAGAGGAUUAAUCUCUUAACUAGUCUGCAUUCUCUUUGUAUUGUACUCGUUAUGAUAAAAUACAGUAGGAGUGGGUUUUAUUUUGAUUAUACCGUAUAGUGAAUGCUAUUCCUAUGCUAGUGCCUCUGUAUAUUAGCUUUGUUGUUUUGAAGUGAUUGUAACUGCUGUAAUGGAAGUUUUCAUUUUUAUUUUCAUGUCGCUUUUUUGGUGUGUGUGAAUUUUAUGUGUGCAUUUAGCAUCAGUAUUUCUCCAAAAAUCUAGACUGGGUUCAAUUAUGGAUUCUGUAAACGGUAUGUCAUAGAUGUAUUUUAGUUUGAUUCUGAACACAGCUUUUUCCGUUCUCCGACUGUAUUUGCAACUCUUUGUACUGUACAACUAGUGCCUUCCUCUAAAACAAAAUGGCUGUCACAUAAUGUUUAACUUAGUGGGUUAGGUAUUUGUGACUAGUUCCUCUCUAGGGGAAUCCGUUAUUUUUUUCAUUAAAUGACCCAGGCAAAGUUUGUUAGUAGACUUAAAAUGUGCUCUGAUAUAAAAUUAACAUGAAAAAAAUCACAGAAUCCUAAAAUAGUAAAGUCAGGGAUUUGUCCUCACCAAGAACACUGCACAGUACUCAAAAUGUAGGGCCUGCUCAAAGUCAAAUUCAAAGCUUUAUUUACAUUUGAAUGUAUCGUAGAACUCAAAUAUAGUUUUUUUUUUUUUUUUUUUUUUUUUUUUUUUUUUUUGCAUUUUAAUGGCUUCAAAGCAGUUUCUGCAAUUUCUGUCAUUUGUGAUUUGUUCAUUGUUAGUAGUUAUUAUCAUAGUAGAAAUCAUGAGUUUAAGUCAGGGCUUUCCUUUAAAUGCUUUAUCUGUCAUCAAUCAUAUUCAAAGUUUAGGUCCAAAGUUGAUUGCUUCUUGUCUGAUCAAUUAUUUUGUAAUGAUUUUGGCUUUGUUAUGUAAGCAUAUAAGUAUAUUUUGUGUACUUGACUUGCUACUGUGUUGACGAUCUUAGUGGAUAGUACUCUCUACUUCACAUUAAUGAAAAAGUGUAACCUUGUGUUGUGCAGCCUCACUCACAGUUGUUUUCCAUACGUUUCUAUUGCUGUCAGCUCAGCACCUGCGAUGAGAUUGUCCCACCUCAGUGCUGGUAAUCCCCCACCACUUUGUCUUGAUUGAAUUGGACAGAUAAUCUACCUUGCAGCCUUAUGUUGACAGAACAAAAUUCACCCGGGGUUAUGGAGUCCAGCAGCCUUUAAUAUCAGGCCUAAAGAGAACCAGUGUACAUCCCUAAAAAAGUAUGCAAUUCUAAGUGUGCCUUUACAUGGUGGUAGGAAUCCUUUGGCUAAAAGAAAGUACAUUGUUAAAUAUAUGGAGCUUUAGGCCUGUUGCUUAUCGGCAUCCCCCAUCCCAAAUGGUAAAAGGGUUGUUUCAUUGAGGUACUGGGCUGAAUAAAAUGUAUGAUUUAAAAUUUCUUUGUAUCACAAUUAUCACAAUGUUGAGUUGUACUAGACAAAUUAUAUACAGUUGGUAAAUAGAAACGUUACUGUUCUAAAUACGUGUAGUUUCGUGUGGCUUAUAAUUUUGUUUUUGAUUUCUUAAGUGCUACACUAGUUUGACAUGUAGCAACUGCACUGUGCAAUAUUCAACAAUAUGAGGACUGGGAAAUGAUUAUUGUUUGGAUGUAAUAAUGUGUGUCUUACCAGUUUGCGGUUGUUUUCUUCCCCCUCUGGUUCUCAGUGAGUUUCGAUGUGACCAAGCCUUAUGUACUUUGUCACAAAAAGCGGGUUCCUUCUUGGUGACUCUUAUUGGUUAGUGUCAAAUUAUGAAUUGAUGGCGUACUAUGUCAAGAUUCACUUUGAAUUAAAAAGGAUCUUUUGCUUCA